GUAGAGGAUGUGACAUUUUUGUGAGGGUACUAGUUGACCAGUGAGUGGAGGUGGAAGACAACCUUGUGAACCCCACAGCAUGUCCUGGUUAAUAUUUAGCCCGGCAGCGAGCAGCCUUUGGCCCCGCGGUCUGCUCAGCCUAAACGGUCUCAAUCUGGCUCCCCUCUCCAGAAAGUACUCUUCUAAAAUGUCGUCGGAAUCUCAUUGGCUCAACCCGGCUGACCGAGACCAGCACGUGAUGGAGUUGAGGGCCACGGGCUGGAUGGAGGUGGAGGACCGCGACGCCAUUUUCAAGGAACUUCACUUUAAAACCUUCAACCAGGCGUUCGGCUUCAUGUCGCGUGUGGCGCUGCAGGCGGAGAAGAUGAACCAUCACCCCGAGUGGUUCAACGCUUACAACAAGGUGCACAUCACGUUGACCACACACGACUGCGGCGGGCUGUCCAAGCGAGACAUCAAGAUGGCCAAGUUUAUCGACAAAGUUGCUCUUUCCAUGUAAUUUUCUUCUACUGUUAUUAUUAUUAUUGGAAUUAUUAUUUAUUUGUGUGCGUGUUUGAUGGCGGUCGUUUCCCAAAGACUUGUUAGCGGCCCUAGCAUUCCCCUGUGCUGGUUGCAAGUCAUUAGUAUCUUGUUUUGUACUUAGUCAGCGAUUUGUGCGAAUAAAUGUGAUUUUUGGCAAA